AUGAGAAAUUCAAUGAAGAACAAAUCACGUCACUGUCAUCGAGUACAAAACAAAAAAAAGCGAGCGAUCAAAUCAAGAUCGAAAAUCACUCGAACAGUAUUGAAACAAGAUGAACAUCAUAAAGAUUCGCCUCCAUCGACUAGCGUAAUAUUGCAAAAUUCACAAUCAACUGGUCUAGUUUAUGAUGAACGUAUGCUUAAACAUAAACAUGAAUGGUUUAUUGAAGAACAAGAAAGUCCACGUCGUAUUCAACAAGCAUUUCAUCGUUGUAUAGAAGAAAAUUUAGUUUCACGAUGUAUACGAGUACCGGCUUGUCCUAUCAGUGAAGAUGAUUUAACUCUUGUACAUGAUAAAUCGUAUGUGGAGAAAAUUAAACAGUCGUGUCAUAUGUCAAAUCGUGAAUUAUAUUCAUUAUCCGGAGAAUAUGAUGGAGUAUUCUUUAAUCGGUAUACUUGGCUUUGUGCAACUUUAGCAUCUGGAAGUGUAAAACAUUUAACUGAAUUAGUAGUCACCAAUCAAUUAUCGAAUGGUUUAGCAUUAAUACGUCCACCAGGUCAUCAUGCUAUGCGUUCAGAAGCAUGCGGUUAUUGUAUAUUUAAUAAUAUUGCUAUUACAGCUGCUAGUUUACUUCAAUCAAAGAAAUCAAUAACCAAACAUAAUUUUACAUAUUUACAACGUAUAUUAAUUAUUGAUUGGGAUGUACAUCAUGGACAAGGGACACAAUAUGCUUUUUAUGAUGAUAAUCGUGUUCUUUACAUUUCUAUUCAUCGUUAUGAGAAAGCAAAAUUUUGGCCAAAUUUACGUGAAGCAAAUUAUGAUUUUAUUGGUGAAAAUUUAGGCAAAGGUUAUAAUGUUAAUAUACCAUUAGAAGAGACAGGUAUGACGGAUUCCGACUAUCUUGCUAUAUUUUAUCGUCUAAUUAUGCCUAUUGCUACAGAGUUUAAUCCUCAGCUGAUACUUAUUUCUUGUGGGUUCGACGCAGCUAUUGGUUGUCCAGAGGGUAGAAUGUGGUUAACUCCAAUGGUAUUUGGUCAUUUUGUACAUAAAUUAAAAUCUUUAGCUGGAGGCAAAGUUGUUGUCAUACUUGAAGGUGGAUAUUUUGUUGAUAGUUUAGCUGAAGGAAUUGUUCAUGUUUUAAAAGCAUUACUUGAUGAUCCAUUAUCACCUAUUCGAUUAAUUCAACCACCAUGUUCAAGUGUUAAAGAUACUAUUGAAUCAUGUAUAACUGUACUGUCCCCUUAUUGGAAAAGUCUUUUAAAUAGUUCUCAACCUAUUUCAACUGAGAGUUUGGAACAUUUACCAACAAUAACCUGGCCACGGGUUAAGGUGAUAACAUGGCCUGAAACUAAUCCUCAAUUACCUAGAAUACUAACAAAUUAUAUACAAUACUUAUUAAAUAAUCAAUUUCCAGCACCAUUAUCAAGAUCGAAUGAACUUAUUCAACCGAUGACUUUGAUUUUAAUGUCAACAUCACAGUUAUCAAAGCUAUUUGAUUUACAAUAUGGGUCGACUAAUGUUAAUGGAAGAAGAAGAAGAAAACAACGGAAAGUUUCACCAGAAAGUUUAAUACCUAAACUAAAUGAUCAAUUUCAUAUACAUUUCUAUAAUCAAUCCAGUUCAGAAACAACCACACAUAACAUCGACCCAAUUGAUCAAUUAUGUUUUACACCAAGAAUGAUUUCACCUUCAAUUGGAUAUGAAUGGUUCAUUCAACAUCAACAAACCAAAUGUAAUUGUCCAAGUUUUGCAAUCAAUUUAAAAGGUCAAAUGGUUAAAAAUAUCAAAGAUUCUAAGAAGAAGUAUGAACAGGGGAAUUCAUUAAAAACAUUUCAAACUACUAUUAUUCAUGCAUUAAGUUUAAUUUUAAUGGGACAGUUUCAGACACUUUAUUUUAUCAAUAAUUCAUUCAGCUUAGUAGAAUUCAUUGAGACUAUAACAAAUAUACCUAUGGAAUUUUUAAUUGAAUACCGCAAAAGAAUAUUUAGGCCAAGAGGUUUUCAAAUGAAUACAAGUAAUGAUCGUGCAAUUCAACUCAUGAGGAACAUCUCAUUCUUAAACAACAACAAUAACAACAACACUCUUAAUGGAGAUAAAAUUUUAGAAAAGUUGACACAUAUCUACUCUUAUUCAAAUCAAUCAAGUUCAUUCACUAUGCCCCUAACAUCAAUAUCUUCUUCCUUAUUAUCUUCACCAUCUUUAUUGAGUAGUACAUCUCAAAUUACAAAUAAUCAACUACCAUUGAAAUUAGAUCAGAAUUCUUUCAAUAGACCAUUUCGUAUUAUUGUACUUGAUUUAAAUGGAAUACAAAAAAUAGAUGAGAAAAAAUUCAAUCAAUUUCAUGGUUUCGAUUAUGAAAUUAACAAGAAAAUGAAAUGCGAUUUAGUUUAUUGUUCAAUUUAUUAUGGUAAAUUGGCAAAUCAAUUAUUAACCGAACCAAAUCAAUUAUAUGCUAAAGAUCUAUAUCAUACUUAUGAUCCUGAAUCUAAUCAUCAAAAUAAGCUACAUAAUAUAGUUUGGCUUAAGAUUCCUCUUCCAACUGACAAUAUCAAUAAUGAAACAAUCGAUUGUACAGAUCAGAAAUUACAAUCACAAAUCAUGAAUGAUGAUGAUGAUCAUGAUACAAUGAUGAUCGAUUUAUUAUUUAUAUUAUAUUAUAUAUUUUUACCAAUCAUUUAUGAAUAUGAACCAGAUCUUAUUUAUUUAUGGAAUGGAUCUAAUUAUCAAAUGAAAAAUGAAUCUAUCUCAUCUGACAUCUUAGCUCGAAUAAUCUAUUUAUUAAAUGGAUUAGGUAAACCAGUACUGAUUAAUGGAUCUUCUAUCAAUGAAUUAUCUUCAAUUUCUUUCAUACAAAGUUUACAAGGAAAGCCAAUAUCAAUUGGAUUCAAUGAAUUAAUACAAACUUCACCAUCGUCAAAAAUGAAACAUAUUAUCCAGCUUAUUAUACAACAAAAUCAUCAAAGAUGGAAAUGUUUAGGACAAUUUUGUGGCUACUCUUGA